UAAAGGACUUGUAAUUGAAAUUGCUUGAACCAGUUUUAGGUAACUUUUCUAUUCUGAUAUGUUUGCCAUCGAAGGAACCCAAACAGUUAGGUAAAUUCCAAAGCAGAUAGAAUCUUUCGGAAAUCUUCUUCCAACCAGCCAUGUUUGGGAUCGGCAUAUAAGUUUUACUUAGCGUAUCCCAUAUAAUAAUUACAGUUUCUGCAAUAAUUGCACAUAUUGUAUUGUUCCUCUGCGAAAUAUGAUGCCAAGUUUUUAAAUGUACUUCCUUCGCCAAAAUACCUAAAACAAAACCAUGGUUUAAUUACAGGUGCUGAAUGCAAAGAAAAAUGGCGAAAUAUUCGCAAUGUUUAUGUACGAAAUAUGAAACCCGGUAAAAGCGGAGCUGGAGCAAAAAAGAAGAAACCAUAUUACUUAAAUGAGGUGAUGCAGUUCACGUUGCCAUUUAUUAAAUUAUCAACAGAGUCGGUUUCUGGGAACCUAGUCAGCCCACCAAUCAACGAAACGAAUCAACCUGACGUUUAUGAUGAUAUCACCGAUGAUGAAGAUGGAUCGCAAUCAAUACUGGCCAAUUUUAACAAUUCACAUACAUCUAUUAAUCAGAUAAGUACAGAACAUGAACCAAUUCCAUCACCACAGUCACCGACAGUGCCGACGCCUUCGCCACAAUCUCGACCAUUGCCAACGCCAUCGCCACAUUUAUCAACAGCAUCAGAGCCGACGCCAUCACCGGCAUCGAUGACUUCAAACCUUUCUUCGAAAAAAAAAACCCGCAAAACAAAAAACUCCGUGGAUGAAUGCAUUGUUGAUUACUUUAAGGCUAAACAAGCUAAGGCAGAAACAGCUGAAGAUCUUGCACAAAAUCCAAAAACAAUGUUUCUGCUCAGCUUAUUGCCCGAUCUAGAACUAGAACCUAUGUCCGACAGCCAAAUGAGAAAAUUUAAACGAGGUGUUAUGCAAUUAAUAGACGAAAUUCUGGAGGAUAAGCCUAAGCCUACUACAACAGCUUCAGUAGCAGACUCAAAUAUUACUUUAUAUUAUGAAACAAUUGGACAAGAUUUCACCACACCUGUUGUCAAUAAUAUUUGAUAAAUUAAAUAACAUUCAUUUAAGAAAUAACUAUCAA